GUUCGUUACCAAAGUGGGUGGUGAACAGAGUCUCUCAGUUUGUGGCUCCGAAGGCGAUGAGGAAGAUCUACAAGGCGUCUCUGAAGUAUCCGGAGUGGAAGAGGAAGCACAACCCGAACCUGAAGCCGUGGAUGUUCCCGGAGCAGAACGCGCUGCCGUGCAUCAGCGUGGCGGAGCUGACGGUGCAGCGAGCCGACUCUCUGGAGAACAUCGAUGAGAGCGGACUGAGCGAGGAGAAGACGCACCACAGCGACGACGAAGAGACUUAAAGAGACUGAAGACAGCCCGUCUCACUUCCUGUUUGUUGGUGUGUUAGUUUGUCACACAGACCAGAGCCGGACCAGAACUUCAGCGGGACUCUGACUUAAUCUGCACGUGCGUUUGUUCUUUCGUUAUUAUUUCCGCUUCAGAUCUGCUUCAGUGACAUCUGAAGAUGUUCAGUGUUCAACAGAUUAUUAAUAAUAAAGACUCCCGGAUCAGGUGAGGUGAAGGUGGUGGUCAUGGUUACGGUCUGCACGUCCUCACAGGUGUUCACAGGUGUUCUGCUCACAUUAAAGGUUGGCGGGUCACAAAACUGCAUAACAGGGUGAUUUUUUAAAUACUUUAUUUUCGUUACCUGUUGUAAUUUUUUAAUUGCACAAGAAGAAAAUAGAAUAUAUGAGGAUACUAAAAUAUAAUGGAAAUAAAAAACUGUAUAUUAUAGAUUAAUUGAUUAAUA